UUUAUCAACAAAAAAAAAAGACAAGGAAAUUAAUCCAAGAAAACACUAACAUGACAAGCUCUGGGUCUCCUUGUGGUGCCUGCAAGUUCUUGAGGAGGAAAUGUGUGAGAGGCUGUGUUUUUGCACCGUAUUUCUGCCAUGAACAAGGAGCGGCUCACUUCGCUGCGAUCCACAAGGUUUUCGGUGCGAGCAACAUCUCGAAGCUCCUUUCCAACCUGCCCGUUGGUGAUCGGUGCGAGGCUGCAGUCACGAUCUCUUACGAGGCCCAGGCCAGACUCCAGGACCCGAUCUACGGUUGCGUCUCGCACAUCUUUGCUCUCCAGCAACAGGUCUUCAAUUUGCAAGCUCAACUAGCUUCUCUCAAGGAACAAGCCGCUCAAGGGCUCUCCGCCAUGAGAGCAAACACUGGCGCUGAACGAAUCCCAACAGCCCAACAGCUUCUUGACAUGCAGAGCUGGUCACAGCUCAGCAAUUCUUCAAGUUUGCCUCAAUUUGGUUUCAAUGACAUCAGUAACGCAACUAAUUACCACGGGAGCUUCUCCAUGGACUCGAGUUCGAAUUCCAUGGGCGAUUACAAGAACAACGUGUCCCUCCUCAGAGAGGAUAACUCCUCUUUCGGGAGCUUCGAGGAUGCCUCCCACAGAAGCUCUGACGUGCAAGCUGGAAAUGGGCAAUGGAGCUUCCAGGAUGCCACCGAUGAGUUUGAGUCAGUUGCUUUCGAUUAUGCUCGACAGUGGUGAUGAAGAAUUAUCUAUAUAUAUGAUCAAGCUCAAGAACUCAGUGAGAGAUGGUUAGAUUAAUUUGCAUAUUGAUGGGUCCACCUUUGAAUGAUAUAGAUGUGAGACAGAGGAAGAAACCCUAGAAAUUUUCAUCAACAAGGAAACCCUAGAGAGUGGUAAUUUGAAGGCCCUUCUCUAAUUUUUUUUUUUAUCUAUUGAUCUAGAAUUAUCAUCGCAUAUAUAAACAAAAAAUGUGGAAGAAAUAAUUAAAUGUAAUUUCUUUUUUCUUGUUUAAUUUUGGGCUAGAUUUCUUUGGUGAGGAUACCUAUAUAUAUAUAUAUGAUAUCUAGUCAGAGGACCUAGUUAAAUUUCUUGAUCAUCACCUGAUCAUAAAAGCAGUAAUAUAUAGACCUUAGCUAGCUA